UUUCUUUCUUUUUUUUUAGUUUGCGCAAAACGCGCAAAAGUAUCCGCACCUCACCACUCCACCGCCCUUGUUGAAACUCUAGAAGGCCACCAAGAAGAUGGAAUCGUUGUUCGCCACCGCCGAAAGGCUUUCAGCGUCUACGCCAGGAAGGAUUAAGGUAGAAGAGUACAAAGAAAGACUUAAAAAAGAAGCAGAGGAGUUGGUUUUGCACAAAUUUCCUGAAAAGAUACUGGAGCUGGAAACCUUGCUAAAAACAGAUAAAUUUUCGAAGACAGACCUUGCAGCUGUACAUGUGGAUAUCAACAUUCCAGUGCCUGAACCCCCAUUCAUCAACCACGAGGCUGAUUUGCCUGCAGCGAAAAAAAGACGCCUUGAAACCCUUGAGAAUGAAAUCACAGGCACCAAGGUACUGGUCCUACCAACAGGCUCAGUCGGCACUAACAACCACAUCGUCAGCAUUGUCGAUAUCGUCAAGCCGAAGAUAUGGCAGCUUGUAGAUGACACCAACAUUUUGAAAAUGUGGAUACAGUUUCUCAUACCAAGAAUCGAAGAUGGAAACAACUUUGGCGUCUCCAUACAGGAAGACGCCUUGACAGAAAUUAGAGCGGUGGAGGGUGAGGCGGCAGCAUUCUUUGACCAGAUAUCCCGGUACUUCCUCACACGGGGCAAAAUUAUUGCCAAGGUGGCCAAGUAUCCCCAUGUGGAGGACUUCAGACGCACCGUGCAAGAGUUGGAUGAGAAGCAGUAUGUCAGCCUGCGGCUGGUUCUUUGUGAACUCAAGAACCAUUAUGCGACUCUUCACGACUUGAUCACUAAGAACUUGGAAAAGAUCAAGAGGCCACGAAGCAGCAAUGCUGAAAACAUGUACUAGCUUUUACAAUAAUAAUAAAGUCGAAAAAUCGGUAGUU